AUGCUCACGAAAAAAAAACGAAUUAAUCGAGGGGACGAGCUGCAGAUGCUCGACGAUCAGAUGGUCAUAUCGGGCGAAGAGCAAAUCGAUGAAGUAAUUGAGCCCUUCAAGUGCGACGAAUGCAUCAAGGCAUUCGCAACCAAGAAAGGCCUCAGUAACCAUAUGCGUGUCCAUAAUAGCUCAGCACAGUCCCAAUCGCAAUUGUGCGAAGUGUGCGGCGAGAUGGUGAAACAUCGGCGCAAUCUGGCGGCACACAUGCGCACCCAUGCUCAGCACAGGCCCAAUCGCAAUUGUCGCCGUCGCAGCAACACAAAUAUCGCGGCUCAAAUCGCGGACGUGGAGGUUAUAGAGGUGGUUUUCGUGGUAACCACAAUAACUACAACAAUGGUAAUUAUAACAACAAUUAUCAAAAUAACAAUAGAGGACGAGGCCCAUAUAGAGGAAACUAUAGAGGCGGUGGUAACUCGAACCGAGGCCACAAUAGCAAUAACCAAGGAAAUUACGUUUAAUGCAUCUGAGGCUGAAGAAUACCUUGACGAUUCCAUGGAUGAAACGUCCGGCAAUGUCGUUGUCUCCGCCUCCCAGCAGCAGCAGGCAACAACUGGCAACGCUGGCGGUGAAGUACUGCCCCAUGUGUGUCAUGUGUGCAACAAAGCUUUCCGCCAACAGUGUCGCCUCAAUCAGCACCUGCGCUCGCACGACGACGAGAAGCUCUACAUGUGCGAAGUGUGCGGCAAGAUGCUGAAACAUCUGCGCAACUACAAGGAGCACAUGAUGAAGCACACGAAUGUGAAGCAACAUCAGUGUAACAUCUGUGAACGCUUCUAUCAUACCGCCUCUAGCCUGGCGGCACACAUGCGCACCCUGUAA